GUCAUCGCGUUUGGUCCCAUGCUCCAGGUCGAUGGUCUCCGGAACCACGCGAUCGGGAGUGUCGCGUGCUGCCAUUCGGGGGUACAGAUGGGAAAAGAACGACGACAGCGGCUAUGCACACGCGACUAUCAUGUUGAAAAUGAUACCGAAAAACGCGAUGGGUAUACGAGAGACUAUUGACUUAGGACCAAAGUGGCGCACGGCAAGCAUCAUCGACUCGGAAGGAUGAUGGACUGAUCCAUUCUGCCGCGCCACAGGCCUCAGAUACGCAGGUGGUUCCGAUACACUAAAUGGCCGCGUGACGAGCCAGGUCGCGUAACGAGCCACCCCACCAUCCCAACAUUGCGCGUCGUCCCAACUUCAACGCGUCAUAACUCCACAACCAUGGACCCGAUUCAAGAAGCGAUUGAAUAUAUCGAAUCGCGUGAGGCUGGAGAUGGUUUCUCGUACCGCCAAGUUUCAAAAAUAUUCGGAGUUGAUCGAACAACGCUGUCGCGGCGGCACAAGGGUUCGCAGGGCACCCGUGAAGCCAAAAUAGCAAAUCAACAACGACUCAACCCACAACAAGAGCAGGAGGUUGUCAGUCACAUAGACAGAGCUACAAGAGAUGGUCUACCGCCUACAGGUAGUAUUUUGAAGAAUUUCGGAUCUGCUGUUGCGCAGCAAGAGGUCUCCGAUAGCUGGGUUAAGCGGUUUCGCCGUCGUCAUCCCGACAAGCUCAUCACCAAAUGGGACACCGGUAUCGAUCGUGAGCGUCACGUAGCUGACAGCAAGUAUAAGUACGAGUUGUACUUCAACUUGCUGCACUCUGAGAUAGUAGAACACGGGAUUGACGAGCGCAAUACGUACAAUAUGGAUGAGAAGGGCUUCUUUGUUGGUAUCGCCAACCGCAGAAAGAGGAUCUUCUCCAAGGCAGUUUGGGAGGCGGGAGAGCGUACCCAGGCGAUGAGGGAUGGUAACAGAGAAUGGAUUACGCUGUUAGCUUGCGUAUGCGCUUCUGGAGAUGCACUGCCGCCCGCUCUCAUCUACCAGGGCACCUCUGGGGUUUAAUUAAGCUGGGUUCACGACCUUCUGGAGACCUAAAACCACCAAAUAUUUGUAUCCCACUCAGCUUCAGGAUGGUCCAACAACGAGUUAGGUCUUGCCUGGCUUCAACAGGUGUUUGAACGUCAUACAGCAGCCAAAGCUCGCCGUUAAUGGCGCCUUCUCAUCCUUGACGGGCACGGCAGCCACGUUACGCCCGAGUUUUUGGAGUUUUGUGAAGCCAAACGUAUUAUGGUUAUGGUGUAUCCUCCCCAUUCAACCCACAGCUUACAGCCGUUGGAUGUGGUUCUCUUUGGGCCGCUUUCGAGUCACUACACCGAGCAGCUUACUUAACACCUCCAGCGAACCUAAGGCCUCUCAAGGAUCACUAAACAGGACUUCU